AGCCGCCGUGCGGCGCAGGGCGGGCGCUGGCGGUGAGGGGAGCGCUGUGUGGAUGAGGCUCCCCGCCGCCCGCCCGCGGCCGGAGGGCUCGCGCCGCUGAGGGGCAGCGCAUCCUGCGGCGUUGGCCGCCGGCACCAUGCGGAGCUCCCCGCUCCUCCUCCUUCUCCCGGUGCAGCCCCAGCUCUAGAGCCCGGUGCGGCGGGGCCGAGCGAGGCGCGGGGAUGCUGCGGCGGGCGGCGGGCGGCGGGGCUCACCCCGCGGGGCCCCGCUCCGCUCCCGGCUCCCCGCGCCGGGCCCCGGCCGCCGUGCUGCUGUCUCCGCUGCUGCUGGUCGCCAUCGUCGCGCUCGCCCCCGGCGCCCGCGCGGAGCGAGGUAUCAGGCAACAGCUUGUCAACAUUGCUCCUUCUACAGAAUCUUUUCCUAACUGGAGAACUAUCCUAUCACCAACACGGCCUUCCACAGAAACUAAGACUUCCUCAGUAGCUGAUAUUUCUAUGGGACAGACUUUGGAGAAUGCAAACUUGCUUCAGAUGAUAAAAACAACACUGACUGGCACACGUACAAGAACUUUGGAUCAAACAAAUCUGUCUCCCACCCUUUAUCAAGGCAGUGGAAAUAGUGCAUCCCAAGAACCUGCUGAAGUUUCUGCUGAGUCACUCCUGAGGUUGUCAUCUCAAGAUGCAGAUGAAACAGCUGGGGAAUCAGGUUUGCCUCAACUCGUGUUAUCUGGAGUGUCUUCUGGUGCAAUACCUACGGUAGGAACUUCAGAAGCAAAACCACUAACAAGAAAAUCAUCUCCAGCUUCACCAGUGCCAGCUUCUUCCUUCUUGUCGCUAGGCACUGAAAACACACCUUUGCCAUCUGUGAUGGCUUUAAACACUCCGGUACUGACGCUAAUAAAAAAUAACACUGCCACAAAAUUGACCUCAGUUCUAAGUUCAGUAGGAGCACAUACAGAUCUUCCUUCUGCAACAAGAAACACAGCUGCAUCACCUGUGGACAUGACAGCUAUGUUUAUAACUUCUAAAAGUAGCACUGUCAUGGCUCCCACGCUUGCACCCACAGCACAUGUACCAAGGCAGAUAAAAACUACAGUCACUGACAGCCAGAAAUUCCCAAGCUCAGAAAUCACCAAAACAUCAACCCCAUAUCCACUGACAAUUACAGCAGCUUUGACAUCUAUUACAGCAUCAGCGAAAGCAACUAGGCUUCCCCCUACUCGAGUGGAAAACACUUCUGCUCCUUCAGAAACAACAGCAGCAGCAGCUUUCGCUAACAUGACUGCAGCUCCUCCUCUGGAUUGCCGGCUCUCCUGGAACCUUAUGGUUAAAACGGUUCUGUUUUUGAACACGAGGAGGAUGAUGAUCAGUAAAUCCUUCAAGGAAAGUGUGACAAGAGGCCUUAACCAGGCGCUGAGACAAGCUUUCAACCAAAACGUCAGCACUCAGGUGGAAAUCCUGGAGCAAUCAAGUAACAUCACAGUUGGUUACUAUGUUACACGAGGGAGGCUGGUUUUUAUACCAGCUGCUGUAGUUGAAAGACUAAUUGCCUAUGGAAUUAGCAAUGCCACAGCAGACUUAAAGCAACACAUACUGAGUCUUCAGUCCAUUGUGGCCUUGGCAAUGCCAUGGAAGCCGCUUCCUGCAUACCACUUCCAGCUGAAGACAGAGCUGCAGUUUGUGAGUCAAACAGAUAAUAUACAGUCAUGCAGAUUUGUUCAGACGAUGGAGCAAAGGUUACAGAGAGCAUUUCAAGAUGCUGAAAGAAAGGUCUGGAACACCAGCAACAACCUAACAGUUCAGAUUUUGAAUACCUCCAAAGUCUCUCAAGCUGUCACUCUGUUUUAUGUAGUCAACAACCAAAGCACAACUUUAAACGGCACGAUUUCCAGCAACCUUCUUAAUCAGCUGUCAGCAGAGCUGGUGGGUUUCUAUUUAACCUACCCACCUCUCACCAUUGCAGAGUCUUUGGAAUAUCCAAACCUUGAUGUCUCAGAGUCAACUAGAGACUACUGGGUGAUCACAGUUAUACAAGGGGUUGAUAUUGCAUUACUGGGACUGAACAAUCAGAGCUUUGCAAGAUUAAUGGAGCAGCGCUUGGCCCCGCUGUUCAUGAUGUCCCAUCAGCAAGGAAGACGCUUCAAACGUGCCACCACUGUGGGCAGCUACACUGUGCAGAUGGUAAAAAUCCAACGAAUUCCAGGACCCAAGGAGCCAGCAGAACUGACAUACUAUACUUUAUACAAUGGGAAACCUUUGCUGGGCACUGCAGCUGCCAAAAUUUUGAGUACUGUUGACUCCCAGCGGAUGGCCCUGACACUGGGUUAUGUGAUUCAAGUUCAAGCUGAUCCUGUGGUGAAGAACCCACCGAACAACUUGUGGAUCAUUGCAGCGGUCCUGGCUCCCAUUGCUGUGGUUACAGUUAUCAUCAUUAUCAUUACAGCAGUUCUGUGCAGAAAAAACAAGAAUGACUUCAAGCCAGAUACCAUGAUGAACCUGCCUCAAAGAGCUAAACCAGUACAAGGCUUUGACUAUGCCAAGCAACAUUUAGGUCAGCAGGGAGCUGAAGAUGAAGUUUUACCAGUAACUCAGGAGACUGUCGUACUUCCACUUCCAGUCAGAGAUGCUCCUGCCUCCCAGGAGAGAGAAAUUACUCAGGAUGGGAGCACCAUUAAAACAGCCCAAUCCAAUGAUACAAGGAAAAGCCGGUCCCCGAGCCAGAACGGCUCCAUCAUCAGCAACGAGUCGGGAAAGCCCAGCUCCAGCCGGAGCUCCCCGCAGAAAGUCGUGGCACCGCCAAAAGUGACCAAAGACGAAGGCAGGAAAAGAAACGGUUUUAAAGCUUCCAAGAAAAUUGUACCCAUCAGCGAUGAAGAGGAAGGAGGCAUUCUCUUUGAUAACAUUGCCAAAUCUGCCAUUGACCCCUUUGACACCUCUUCUGGAUCUGUACAGCUGAUAGCCAUCAAACCUGUGGCUCUACCUGCUGUUCAUGCUGCAUCAGAUAGAAGUCAGGAAUCUGCCAUCAUUAAUGGAGAGGUGAACAAGGCUUUGAAGCAGAAGUCCGAUAUAGAACAUUAUCGCAACAAGCUGCGUUUGAAAGCCAAGAGGAAGGGGUACUAUGAUUUCCCACAGGUUGACAACAACAAGGGGCUGACAGACAGGAAAAGGAUGUAUGAGAAAAACCAGAAAGAAAUUGACCACAUUUUGGAUCCUGAUCCAGAUGUAUCAUCUCCGUUUGCUGAGCCUAAGAACAGGCAACAGAUGAAGAACUCGAUAUACAGAAGCCGGCAGUCUUUGAACAGUCCUAGCCCAGGAGAAACUGAGAUGGAUCUUCUAGUGACUCGAGAAAGACCUAGGCGUGGAAUCCGUAACAGUGGAUACGAUACUGAGCCUGAAAUUAUAGAAGAAACAAAUGUUGACCGUGUCACUGAGCCUCGGAGCUACACCAGGUCCCGUCAGGCCAAAGGCCACUCAGAGACCUCAACUUUAAGCUCUCAGCCCUCCAUUGAUGAGGUUCGACAACAGAUGCAUAUGCUCUUGGAAGAGGCUUUCAGCCUGGCCUCUGCGGGUCACGGAGGACAGAGCAGGCAGGAGGCCUACAGCUCCGCACCACACUUGCCCUAUUCAGAGGUGGUGACCAGCGCUCCUGGUACCAUGACCCGACCUAGAGCGGGUGUGCAGUGGGUACCCACAUACAGACCAGAAAUGUAUCAGUACAGUCUACCAAGACCAGCUUAUAGAUUUUCUCAGCUUCCUGAGAUGGUGAUGGGAUCUCCUCCUCCUCCUGUCCCUCCCAGAACCGGUCCUGUGGCUGUUGCCUCUCUCAGGAGGUCUACAUCAGAUAUUGGCAGCAAAGUGAGAAUACCAGAGUCCAGUGGGGUAGAUCAGGCUCAGCAUCAUGAUCCAGCAUCUUAUGCACCUGGUUCAAGAGCUCCAAUGUCUGUAGGCCCACUUGAUCAAUCAGCUUUUCACUCAGGAAAUACAGUACCAGCAGUGUUUGCCAUACCAGCAGCAAACCGACCUGGCUUCACAGGCUAUUUUAUCCCAACACCACCCACAGCAUACAGGAACCAAGCCUGGAUGCCCUAUGCUGGAGAGAAUGAAUUACCAGGACAGUGGGCAGACUCAGUUCCGCUCCCUGGAUACAUCGAGGCUUAUCCAAGGCCCCGCUACCAACACAAUUCUCCUUCACGACUGCCUCGCCAAUACAGCCAGUCAUCAAGCAUUCAUCCCAGCUUGGAACAAGCUCCUUUGCCCUCUGCCACAGCUUCUCAGCAGAGCCUGACAGAAAACGACCCGUCUGAUGCUCCUCUCACCAACAUUUCUACAGCUGCCCUAGUAAAGGCAAUAAGAGAAGAAGUUGCUAAACUGGCCAAGAAGCAAACAGAUAUGUUUGAGUUCCAGGUUUAAUGUCUUUUGUGCACAGCGUUUGUAUCAUUGUAACUUGAAGUAGCCGAGAAAGUGACCUCUUUAAUUUUCACUUACAAACCUGCAGUGAAUUGUGCAAAGUGAUGGCAUUUUUCUCCAUCUGAAAAGUCAACGCUAUGAAACGACUUGCAGUAGAGCAGCAGGACCCUAAGAUAUGUAUUCUACUUGCCAGCUAAGGAAAUGCUGCCAGGUAACUUUUAAAAUGGGUAAUAUUGAUCAUAUGCAAGUGUUUGUCACUUGGCACUCAUACUAUGACCCAUCAUCACUAGAGAUGCUGCUGUACGUGUCAGUGCCAUGCAGUGUUUCAGUUGCAGGCCCAAAUGCAGAGCUGCUGAAGAAAAUAUCUUCUGCAUGUCAAAACCUUAUUUCUUUGAUUAAAGAAGAAAACAACGGAAAAUGGCAAGCUAAAGCUAAAGGCCAUGGUAGGUGUGGCAGCCACGUUAAUUCUUUGUUGCGGGACAUUGUACAAGGAAUGUUGAUUGAAUUUAUCUGCGUUGCUGCAGCCUUUUCAUUCCAGAGACUGUAACCAAACCAAAAGAAUCUGAGAUGAGUAAGUAAUACUAAUAAAUGUCCUGUGAAUAGCCCCAAUUCUUUUCAUCCUAUUUACAGUACAAAGAAGUGAAAGAAGAGAAGACUGUGAGGAGACUAAUGAUAUUUUGAUAAUUAAUGGUUACCUUGUCCAUGAAUGCCACUGAUGAGUUAUGGAGGAGAUUUUUUCAAUGUGAGAGAGCACAAUUUGUGAAGAGCUAACAAAGGAAAUUGGUGCUAGAAGUUUUCAGGAGAAAUGAAAAACGGUUAUUUGUGUUUGCUCUAUAUUCAGGCUUUUCACUCUGAAUGCAUGUGAAGCUGAUAAACAUGAGACCUUUGAGCAAGUCUUUCCAACCUGGAAUAGUGAAUUCACCUGCUUGUACAAGACAACCUCUGUUUAACACAGUGCUUUUUUCUCUUUCUUAAACAAUGGUAUCUACUGAAGUGCUACCUGAAGCCACAGUUGAUCUUGAUCAGACUGGAACAGUGCAUACACAUGUAGGAAGUUCUGAAUGUAGAGGACCCGAUUAUUAUUAUUAACAUGUAAAUAAGUAUACGGUUAAUUGGAUUAAUGAAAACACUUGUGUGCUUUGAAAAAAGAGGGCAUUUCUGGAAAUGAUGCUGACUGUACAUUGCUCAAGAUAAAGGUCACUAAUAGUUAAACUGCAUUAUUGUUUGAAUCCAAUCCCGAAAGAAAAUCAAACCAGUUGAAUAGGACAUUAGUUUGUCUUUUGCAGUUGUACAGAAUAGUUGGAGAUCAUGAACAAUUGUUUUCAGUUCCUUUGGCCACUAGCUUCGGGAACUGAAGUUGUUGCAAAAUACGUUGUGUUGGGCAUGUCUGAUGUCAACUGGAGUUAAAGGUAAUGUCCUUCAUUUCAGUAAGUUAUCAAGUUAUUCUCAACUGCUUAUGUUAUUUUGUUUGAUCAUUUCAUUUUCUUGAAUUUCUUUGGUCUUUACCAGGGUGAGAAAGAGAGCUUAGUUUAGCUUUUUGGCCGUCAGUAAAAUGAGAGGAGGAGGUGUGAGACUAGAGUAGGGGAAAGAAGACGACACUGAUGAAGCACAAACUUUUAAUACAGAGCUAUUUUUUUCCCCCAAAUAAUCAUAUAAUAAACCCUGUUUGAGAUCAUGAUAUAUAGUUAUCCUAGAAUAUACUGAUAUCUUCUGCUCCGAGACCUUAGGUAUUGCAGAAGCUUUUGGAAUGCUAGCUGAUCUUUAAACUAAUGUGAAAUUUCAUUUUUAUUAUUUAAAAAUCAGAUAUAAAUAAAAUGUAUUUUUGUAAUCUCAAUGUAUAUACUUGCUGUAUGUUUAUACAAGUGACUAGGCUGCAAUAGUCAGAAAGUUUCCAUAAGCCAAGUACAAAAAAAACUCAACAAACAAACAAACAAAAAAAACAAACAGAUGAAUAAUUUUAAUGAUCAAUAUUAACAUGCAGCAUCUGGAAUACACAAAUACACAUUUGGGUGACUUGGAUACUGAGCAACCAAAGAAACUGGAUCUUUUGUGUAAAUAUAAGUCUUCUAAAGACAGACUACCGUCUCAGUUACCUGUCAGCUAACUAAUACUGAUCUUAUCAGUGUAACACAAUACAUCCAAAUGUCUUUUUGUGUAAAUAGCUGCCUAAAAAUUUUGCAUUUAAAAAUAACUUAAAAACAAAGGGCCAAACUCAGCAUGCCAUAAAAUGAUAAGUUCUGGCUUCAGUGGGAACUCAGCUCACUGAGAGCAAGGCUGAGCUUUUCUGUUAGCUUUUGUUCAUACAUGCAAGUUUCACUAGAAUCACCUGAACACUGCUGUGCUUAUUUUUCACUUGCUGUAACACAAGUGCAGACAUAAUUUAAGAGCAGCUUACAGUUAUUCAGCCUAACCUGGUUCAUAACCGGAUUAAGCUAACUUGGUAAGGGAAAUCUGCAUUAAAUUGUGUCAGCCGCCUUGGGCAUCAGCUUUAUUAACUUACUUUCUGAGUGAUUAUUCUAGUUAUUCCAGUGAAAUUUUAUAUGUAGAUAGGCCCUUCUAUGCAAUGGGAGUGAAAUGCCCUGUGAAAUAAAUUUCUGUGUCUCUGACUCAAGUUUUGCAGGGUUAUCUUAAAGCUGCAAGUGUGGAAGCAGCAGCAGUCCUGCAGACUGGGAAGGCUCAUGAUGCCACGUGUCCCCAAAAGAGUCACAGGAGGUAGGAUGUACCAGACUUAAACAGCAUCUUUGGGAUGCUCAGCUCUACUUGUAAAUCUGUACCCGUUCUUCCACUUACCUUAUUUAGUAUUUCCAUCAAAAAGUGUGUUAGUGUAAAGCCAAGCAUCUAUCUGCCAUGCUGAAAAUGAAAAAGUUUGGGAAUUACAUGCACGGUACAGGGCUUGAAUGCCUGUAUGCAAACAAAAUGAACAAAAUAGAAAACCCUAACACCAAAAGAACCACUUAAAUAAAUAGCCUUCUAGAAAGACAAACAAUUCCAGUAAAGUUAAACAAAGUACUCUUCAUACAGCUGCGGAAGACCUGUUAGACUUCCAGAAUUAAUUUUGUUUGGUAUUGUACUGAUGAUGUGCAGUCCACUGAACAUCCCCUGAAUCAUCACUCUGAAACCAUUGUGGUGCACUUUAUUCACAAAGGCAUUUUACAUUGUUCGUUCAUAAUGGCUUUCUAUCUUAUUUGUAACGUUUCUGUAUUUUUUUGACGUGCUAAGUAAGAUUAUAUCAAGACAGUAAGGACAUUCCUGUGUAAGAAAAACAUGCUGUAAUAUUUAUACUGUCUGAGCACAAAGCAAUGAUAAAGUGAAAAUAUAGUGUACAAAUAAUUUGUAAAAUAAUAAACAUUUUGUAUGGCUACAAUUACAGUAGAGUUUUUCAAUAUUGAUUUCAAAGGAGAAAGUACACCUGUGUAAUGUUAUAUCAUCAGACUAUAUUCCUAUCACGUUCACUUUUCUACUAAGUCCCCCAAUUUUCUUUAAAAUGUUGCUAAAUGUUGAGGUGAAAAUACUGUUUUCUGUGUACAAACAUGUUGAUGUUCAAACCAAUAGUUGUAUUCAGAGUUGUAAAUCAUUACUAGAAGCAUCUGCAAGUGAAACGCACAUAAAAGUAUUUCUCAGUAGGUUUGUAAUAACCACUCACUGCAAGUGAAUAUACUGUGUGUUAUGUUUCAUUGGCAUUAAUAGAGGAGUAACUUUAAGAGGGUAAGAGGGCAUUCUUUGGCAGUCAUUUUUGAAGGAAAAUAUACUUUAAUGAGGAGCUCUAACACUGUAGAAAUAUGAGCAACUUGUGUAUCUAAUCAUGUUCUAUAGAGAAGCUGAUAGAGGUGCAUGUAAAUCCUAUAUAGAAAUGGGAAAAUUAUUUUAAGUAUUUUUUUUUCCACACUACCUUUUAAAAAGGGGAGGAGUGGAGGAAAGAAUGCGAGGAAGAUUAAAUGCAAAGCAGGUAGAGAAAGCAGCAUUGAAGUCAGUAGCAGAACUGAAGUGAGGCAUCUGUCUUGUUUAAGGGGUGGUACAUAAAAACUAAUUGCAAUUCUUGGCACAAUUCUGGAUGUCUGUAAAGGAUGAAUUACAUUUGAAUGUAUAUUUUCAGGUCUGCCUUGUAAAUAUAACAGCUCAAUGUCUGCUCCUUUAAGUCUGAGGGAACUUAAAAGCAAUGAUAUUUUUCCAAGCUAGCACAAGAAGUUGCUUCAUUUAGCUGACCUUGCACAUCGUGUCCGUGUGUGAGCAGCUCUGAGUCUGGUGGUACAAGGUUACUGUAAAUCAGUGGUGGUCUUGAUCUUAUUUUUCUUGUACAUAAGCAAAUCUCAGUGGCUUUCAAUUUCUCACUGACAUGCAAUUGGAUAAAAAGAACAAGCAUGAGACAGUGUGAAGAACAUGAACAGGUAAUUAACAGUUCUGUGUAAGCCAGACCAAUGGCUUCUUCUGAUGCUUGGUAAGUUACACCUACUAGAAAAUGGUUGUUUAAAGCAGCAUGCCUUGGAAAGGUGUAUUGCUUUCAAUGCUAAUGACCAAUAAGUAUAAAUUAACACUCAGUCUACCGCAAGAGAGUGUAUCAGUCAUGGCUUGCACUCCCUUGCACAAGCCAUGUGCAUACUCUGUGUAGCUCCACCUGAAAAAGGGGCAAAAUCCAUGACUGCUUUCCAGCUACUUGGAGUAAGUUCUCGUAAUAAAACACCAAGUUGUUGGUCAUCUCAUAUAGAUUUUACUACGCCACUAGGGUAGGUGUUCAGACAGUAUGUUAGUGUACUAAAAGUAUUAGUCUUUUUUCCUUUAUAAGGGCUUUGUGUAAAACAGGGAAUUUUGGUCUGCUGAGAUAGGACAGCUCACUUAUCACAGUGGGUGCAGGGAACAGCAGCCUUCUUCUCACAGUGCUAUUAAAGUAUCUCAUGGAUCAGUUAUUUCUUCUCUCCACUCAACUUCGCUUCUGAAAGAAUACAAACACACAGCUUUUUUUGAGUAAGUAAUGUGUACUUUUAAAAUAAGUACAUGGGGGUAGAUCCAUCUGCCUAGUUCUCUGUGAUGUCUCCAUAUGCACUGCUGGUCUACUGAGCAUUUUAUUUAAAACAAUGUGAGUAAGAAAAGAAACGAAUCAGCUCAAACUUCUUCAUUCUGUUAUUUACAAGCAUACUGUAGAUUUUGCAACAGGGCUAUAGGGAUUCAGUAUGUCAAAUGAUUACUUAAACUUUUUGUGCUAGACUUUCUUUUCAUGGGUUAAUUUUUUGUCAGUAACUCCAGGACUUUGUAGGAUUUUUUUUUUCUUGCUGAUGAAAAUGCUUCACAGUUAAUUUUUUCCCCCUUUUUAAAGUGUAGAGAUGCAAAAUGAGGAUGAACACUCACUGAGAAUGCUUUUAUGAACUGUUGCCAUUGUCUUGUAAAUAAAUGAUACUAAAGUUUACUUGUGGAAAUGAUAUUUAUAUAGGUCAUUUAUAUAGUAAAUGAACUGGGUACUGAUUUGCACUUUAAAAGGAAGUUUCUAGAUGGCCAAGACAUAAAGGCAUACCUGCAGUGUCUUCAUUGAGAAUAACUGUAUUGAACACCGAUUGUUAUUUCAUCAAAAGUAUUGGUCACAUUCUGCGUGCUCGGUCAGAAAUGUUUGGCAGUGCCCAAUGGAUGAGAAGCAGUCAGCAAACUGCACACGUGGGGAUUCCUGUUAUCCGGGAAAAUUUUGAUCAGGGCUACAUGUGACACAUGGGAGUCUGGACAGGGAUUUUGGUGGGGCUCUGAGGUGGGUAAGAAAUGGGUUUUAAAUUGCUGGGUGGCCAAACGCCCAGCAGAUGUACUGAAAGUACUUACAAACACCAUGAAGAGAUAUUUCAGUGAUUUAAUGCUUUUGCAUUUGAUAAAAAAUAGUAAUUCUUUUAAGAAGUGCCUGAAUUUCCUUGAAUUUCCAAGUUUGAUGGUAGUAAUUCUCAAGGAAUAACUUGAAAAUGUAUUAUAAUCUGUAAAUAAUGUUGUAACAUUGCAAAUACACAUACUAGGCAAUGAUGGGGUCAAAGAAUUGUGAACAGCAGAGAAAGUUGAUUCCACUCAGUUUGAUAUUUGGGGAGGAGGCGAUUUUUUUUCCCAGAGUUUAUCCUUCGGCUGCAGCUCAGUGCAUUUCUAUGCUCUGUAAACCAGUGUCUCAACACCGUGUAACACACUGGUGUUAAAGCUUACCUGGCAAGGAGUACUGACUCUUUGCAGGCUCCAGUGUCACCUUGUAAAGAAUGUAAAGAAUUAAGCAUUUAUAAAACAGAAAUGUGUGGGUCCGUCACUCUGAAUUCUUACAGUGAUUCAGUGGCUUUUAGGUCAUGUAUGACCAACGCAUUUCACCAAUACGUGCUUUGAGAUGUGAUACAGCAGAACACAGCAGCCUAUGCCAGGUAUUUAGUAGUAUCUAAAAUACAAGUGACUCUAGUAGAGGGAUAGAUACUAAACCUUCUGUUUCAGUAAUGGAUGGACACCAAGUAUUCAGGGGGUGAUAACUAUGGUGGAGCAAAGACUCUGAAAUUAACUGCUUGGAAUCAAUUUUAUGUAUUUGUUAGAUUUUAAUUGUUUUAUUUGUUAAGGCAGUAGAAAAAUGUAAACAUAAAGAGUGUAUUCUAUUUCAGAAUUAUAAAUCAGAGUGAUAUGAAGGAAGACUGAGGUUUAUUCUUUGUCUUUCCCUGUAUCUCCUGAUUUCAACAUUGCAAGCAGUAAAAAAAAUACACUUUACUCCAGAUUAAUUUUACUAUUACUUCCUAUGGUGGGGAGACCAACAGAGCUUUUGUAUGGGUAUUGAAUUCUUCAAGUUGUAUUCAAGGUCAUACUGGAUAGAGAAAAUGAAAUGGAGCUCAUCUUACUAAGGCAUGAAUGUUGGUUUAGGACUGAGCAAUCCAGCAGCAAGAGCUCCUUAGAGGAGCCAUUCUGAGGAGUUCUUUGGUUCUAGUUAAGGAAACGUGCACAGCACAGAUAUUCCUGCCCUAUUUGACUUUUCAUUUUUAUUUAGCAAUUUUCUUUUGCUGCAUCUGUGUGUUUUGAAUUUUGCUUCUGAAGAAACUCAAACACCUGCACUCUUCAGCUUAUUGAGGUACUGCAGGUGUGACAAAGGUAUCGGCUAACAUACGUGAUGCAGUUUUUAAUUAGCUGUGACACUGUGUGGCUUUGGCCUGUGUUCUACUGUGUGAUACUGACAGCGUCAUUAUGGUGACACAUGAGUAUUGAUAGUCUUCCAUUGAACUUACUGAAAAAAUACUUGCUUCAAGGAGAGUGGGAUUGAUCCAACAUUCUCACAGUGGUUUAACCAUUUUAAAUAUAGAAUCAUAGAAUCAUAGAAUCACCAAGGUUGGAAAAGACCCAUUGGAUCACCCAGUCCAACCAUCCACCCAUCAACCAAUACUUCUCACUAAACCAUGUCCCUCAACACAAUGUCUCUUGUAAUUGUGCAAAGACAGGGUAGUAGCUGGUUAUGGAUAACUGGAAAUUAGGAAAUCUGAGUUCAGUUGUCAUUGUUUCAGUUUUGGCUUGAUCCUGGGCAAAGCACGUAAUCUGGCUAUGCCUCAGCAUCGCUGUCUUUAAAGCAUGAUGAAGGUGCUUCCCCUCCUCACCCCACUGGUGAGGGGCUCAGCUAACUGAUAAGGUUAGGAAUGAUGAAACCCUGGCGUGGAAGCUGAUACUUCAGUAUGAAGCAUUGUUUAUUAUUUCAUGGAUCUUGGUAACUGUUCAGGACUGUAAGUUAUCCAAUCCUUUGGCAGCAUUAAAAUACAGAUGAAUUUACAAGGGAAUAAAAACCUCUUGAUACUAUUUCAGCAUACUGUAGGAAGACUUUCUAAUAAAAGCUUCUACUUUUUUUUUUACAGAGGUGCUAUAUCAAAUACAUAAAUUGUCACUCCCCAUGCAGCACAUCUCACAUUGAUGACAUGAACUUCUCUUGCGUCUUUGAGUUACAGAAAGGACCGGCUCUGCAUUAUUACAAGUAUCCACGUUAUCUUUGUUACUCACAGCUUGAUUCAACUAAACUGUAAUGGCUGCAUCUGAAAAUAACUAAAAUAUUUAAGUGUGUUUCAGCUGGACAUGCUUAUAUUAGGUUUCUGAAGUCAGUGAGAGCUGCAGAAUUGAGAGUGAUUUGGAAAGCCAUGUCUAAAGACUAAACUGAAAGAGGAAGAAAAAUAAUCAGUUAAUAUUUUAUAUUAUACAAUUGGAAAGGAGAUCUCCAAGAGCUGGUUCCUUUUGCAAUGACAAAAGUUGUCUGUACCAGAAUUUGAAUUUUACAUAUCACUAAGAAGGAGACAAUUAAGAUGUUCUGGGUCAUUACCAACUGGCUUUGUUUGUACUCUUAACUGUAGGGUGAUUCCAGAAAUGAAGUUUAUCUCUGUGUAGCGUAGUUUUUUCAUGUUAGUUGCUAUAGCUUAGUUGAAGUUGUACAUGUUAUUUCUUGGCAAUUUUGCACAUUAAAUAAAAGAUGUCUUAAAAUCUCUGUUGCUACUUA